GACUUCAUUUUUUUUAACGUUUUAUAAUUUCCUCUCUUUUGUGUAUUAUAAUUUUAACUUGGUUUGGAAAUAUGAAACACUGUAUAUUAAUGACUUAUUACUUAUUACCUGUUAAAAUACGUUCCUUAAUUAUAAAGCAUUAUACGUGAGAAAUAAGGUUAUAACCAAUUCAAAUGUUAUAGAGGCAAGUGAUUUAUUGGUAUUUAAAUAAUAAUCAUGCAAGACAGUGCACGUGUAUCGCCACGAAUUUUUACCGCCAUACAAAAUGUAGAUAUACCAGUAUUAGCUAUGUGUUCUCAUAAAGAGAUCAGACCAAUUCUGCCAUGUUUGGUACGAAUGAGUCUUAUUUCCCCUUUGGAUGUAACAAAAGAAUGUGUGGAACAAAGAAAACAGGUUUUAACAAUUUUAUCUGGAAUUGAAUCAGUUAAUUCAAUAAUUGCACUGCUUUCAAUCGAUUUUCAUGCAUUAGAAACUGAUGUUAGAAAGGAACAACAAUUAAGACAAAAGAUGGGCAGUUUGCAACGAGACAGUGUACUCACUCAGUCGUUACAAAGUGGUCUUGCUUUGGAAUUUGAGCGCAGUGAAUCCACUAGAAGAAUAAGAUUAGUUCUAAGCGAAUUACUGUACAUAGCUUCUCAAGUACAAGAACAGCAGAAGAAUCAAGAGUUCCAAAUAAAACAAUCCGAUCUAUUCGAUAACGCUGUAUACAUGGAGGAAAUUAGUUACGUGAUCUGUGUCGCGUUAUCAGAAUUACCGACGGUAUUGUCGAUAUUGGACAUUACAGAAACGUUGUUACACGUUAAACACGGGCCAGAAAUAAUCUGUUGGAUCGUUGCUAAUAUUCCUGACAGUUUCUCUGAAGUUUGCGCACAUUUAAUUGCCAAUGGAGAAAGACAAGAAGAAUCUGCAUUAGGCAGGAUCCGAACAUUGGCCCUGACGAUGUUGUGUCAAAUGAAUCCCAGUCAAGCAUUGGCGGUAAGAGCCAAAUGCGUGGAACUCUGUAGAAUGCCUGCUUUGGCGAUUACAUUAAGUUUGGAACACGAAAGCAUAGAUAACACGGUAUCGGAAAGCGACGUUGUUGCCUUUGUUUCAGGGUUAUUACUUGGUAGCGAUCAACAAGUAAGAACAUGGAUCGCAAUGUUCAUCAGAAACGGUCAGAAACGUAAAUGGGAAUCCCAUACUGCGUUGCAGUCUUUAAGGGAAGAAUUACUUAAACGAUUACAAGCAAUCGCUUCUCAAAAUGCGGGCCAAUUAGCGGAAAGUCAAGUUGUUCAAGCCAGUGCAUUGUUACGUCUUUAUUGCGCGUUAAGAGGUAUCGGAGGUAUUAAAUUUCAAGACGACGAAGUAACAAUGAUCGUUCAGUUACUGACGUCUCAUCCUCCUCCGUCGCCAGCUGGCGUGAGAUUCGUUUCUCUAGGUCUCUGUAUGCUGAUCGCGUGUUCCUCGUUGAUAGGCCAUCACAAUCUUGAAAAACGAAGCAUAGAAUGGGUACAGUGGCUCGUUCGCGAAGAAGCCUAUUUCGAAAGCGCCAGCGGUGUAACUGCAAGCUUUGGAGAAAUGUUACUUCUAAUGGCGAUACAUUUUCAUAGCAAUCAACUGUCAGCCAUUUGUGAACUAGUUUGCGCAACUUUAGGGAUGAAAAUACCGAUCAGACCGAAUAAUUUGACCAGAAUGAAACAAAUUUUUAUGCAAGAGAUAUUUACCGAACAGGUGGUCACUGCUCAUGCGGUUAAAGUACCAGUAACAGCUAAUUUAAACGCAAAUAUACCAGGAUUCCUGCCUGUACAUUGUAUUCAUCAAUUGUUGAAGUCAAGAGCAUUUGCUAAACACCGAGUACCGAUCAAAAAUUGGAUUUACAGACAGAUUUGUAACAGCGUGCCACCGUUGCAUCCAGUUCUUCCUGCUUUAGUCGAAGUAUACGUUAAUUCAAUUUUAGUUGUAAAUAACAAAACAUCGGAGCACACGAACAAACCAAUUACAGAAGAUGAAAUCAGAAGGGUAUUUCAAAAUAGCGUUUUUGGUGCUAAUUUUGACUUCAAGAAAAAUGCGAGUAGCAUCCCUCAAAAUGAUACGGAUAAUAUGGAUAUAGAUAUUCCAAAACCUUCUCUCACGUCGCAACUGUUGUUGUUGUAUUAUUUAUUAUUGUACGAAGAUGUGAGAUUAUCUAACAUGCAUACUUUUAUAUCUCAGGAUAGAAAAGUUAAAUCAUACUCGACGGAAUUUUUAUCCGAAUUGCCAAUUAAGUAUUUACUUCAGUUGGUUCAGAGAGAUCAAAUGAAUUACGCUGGUUUAUUUUCCCCUCUUCUUAGACUACUGGCAACCCAUUUUCCUCAUCUUUCCUUAGUAGAUGAUUGGCUUGAUAACGAAGUGAUUAACAUAGACUCUUCGGCUACAAACUAUGAAGACGUAAAAGUUACCGAUAUUAUGAUCAUUGAGACAUUUUCACAUAUUCAAACGUGUCCAUCGAGGACAGGAAGGCUUUUAAGACAGUUAAUGUCUAUGAAACCUACAGAUAUCUGGCCACACGCUGAAGUUAUAAUUCAUUAUUUUAAAGCGACAUUGAGCCCAAGAGUUCCUAGAUACAUUCAAGAAUUAUACAAGCAAGUAUGGCUCAGGUUGAACACAGUUUUACCUAGAUGCCUGUGGGUUUUAUCGAUAAAUGCUUUAUUGAUAGAGAAUUCUCUAGUGAAAAAUGUUUUUUUAACUCAAGAAAACAUUGUAUUGGAUCCGUUACAAGUGUUGAGAUGCGAUACAAGAGUUUUUAGAUGCGCUCCAAUUUUGUCUGUUAUUUUAAGAAUUUUACAAGCUGCAUUAGCUGCAUCUCGAUCUCAGUUGUCUAGACACAUACAGGACAAACCAUUGACAGAAAAAGUUGGUCAAUUGUCGAGCGAAACUGAAAGAGAAGAUUUAAGAACAGCUUUAGUAGCCGGGCAAGAAAGUGCAGCUGUUCAAAUACUAUUGGAAGCAUGUUUAGAAACAGAAGAAGACAGAGAAACACCGGGGCAAAUGUGGUCGUUAAGAGAAAUUCGAAGCAUUAUCUGUUCGUAUUUGCAUCAAGUAUUUAUAGCAGAUCCAUCUUUGGCUAAAUUGGUUCAUUUUCAAGGAUAUCCAAGAGAAUUGUUACCCAUUACAGUUACCGGUAUUCCGUCUAUGCAUAUUUGCCUUGAUUGGAUUCCUGAAUUGUUGUCACAGCCAGAACCAGAAAAACAAAUAUUUGCUGUAGAUUUAGCUUCACAUCUUGCGAUCCAGUACGCUCUGCCAAAGGCUUUGAGCGUUUCUCGUUUAGCGAUAAAUACGUUGAUAACACUUUUGGGGGUGUUAUCCGCGAAAGACAGAGUGAUUUUAUUUAUGCCUGUACUACCAGCAUUAACUCGUAUAUGUUUAGCAUUUCCACCACUGGCUGAAGAUACCACUGGUUUGUUGUUACAACUUGGUAGAGUUAAUUCUGCGCAGGCUGCGUUAGGAGAUAAAUCUGCGGAUUUGUUAUGUCAAGAAGUUAACGAAACCUUUUGUAUGUUACUACAAAAAGCUAUAUUACAAUCACAAGUAUACUGAAAUACUGUCUUUGUUUUUUUCGUAAUUAAAUCAACUGAAAAUGAAGACAGAAAAGGGUGGACCAAAAUGUGAAGAUAAAACGAAUAUUAUUUAUUAUUACAAGAUGAACUAUAAAAUAAUAGAAACUUUAUGACCGACUGUUAUUAAAUUAAGUGCCUUUUGUUAA